CAAGUCUUCGUCAACCAUGGGCUUGAGUGUAUUGUUUUUUAUCAAACUGUCAUUAGUAGCCUUCACACUGGCAUCGCCGGAGCCGGCCCCAGCAGCCUCCAAGAAAGCGGGCUGCGAUACCAUGUGCGCGGACGUGAAAAUCUCUUAUCCUUUCGGCACAACCGAAGACUGCUUCAAAGAUCCUGAUUUUCUGAUAACUUGCAACACUUCCUCUGGAUUCCCCGUUCCUUAUCUAGGAACAAAAACCACUAUCCAAGUUCUCAACAUCUCUGGGGUGACCAGUGAGCUACUCGUCUUCACUCCAGUUUAUCAUCAUUGCUACAACCCCGAAGAAGGCAUUUAUUGGAGAAAAGGCUUUCGUGCGCCUCCCAAGUUCGCCAUAUCCAAUAAAAAGAACGAUUUCGUCGUCGUCGGGCGUAACACCUACGCUUUCCUCUACGACAUUGAAGAAAAAAGACUCAUCGGCUGCAACUCAGAGUGUAGUUACGACGAAUCCGUGACAAAAGGAUCCUGCUCCGGCUCCGGCUGCUGCCGGACUAAUUUUGGGCAACCUAUUAGAAAUUAUACUAACAGUAUUUUCUUUUACGGUGACCGAAACGUGUUAGACGGCGUCUUGUUUAAUUGCAGUCAUGCUUUUUUUGCCAAGAACGGAACUUUCAACUUUUCCGACGAAGACUUUGACGAUCUAGUCCGACUUGAAAGAUCUACGGUGGUACUGGAUUGGGGUGUUGAUGAGACGAAAUCAUGCGGUGGAGCCUGCAAAGAUGAUGAAAGUAUAUGCGAAGAAUCACAAAGUGUCAAAGGCUACUACCUCUGCAAAUGUAAACCAGGGUUUGAAGGCAACCCCUACGUCUCCGGUGGCUGCAAAGAUGUGGAUGAGUGCCAUAGCAUCAAUAAUUGCACGGCUUCGGCAGUUUGCACCAAUUAUUAUGGUGGCUACACCUGUACUUGCCCAACUGGACAAAAAGGUAAUGGCCUCAAAAACGAAACUGGACCGGGUUCGGACUGCAGCAUUCUGGAUCCGGAUUCUAAUCAGGAUUGGCGCGUCAUUACAAUUUCAUUAGUUGUUGCUGUAGCUUUGUUGGUUGUCUUCACACUGCUCUUUGCAUUAUGUUGGGCACAAAAGCAAAGAAGUUUGAGACAACUAAGAGAAAGAAAUUUUGAGCAAAAUGGAGGAAACUUGCUUCUCCAACAAUUUUCUCAACGACAAGGAUAUACUGAAAGGGCCAAGAUCUUUACAGAAAAUGAGCUUAAGAAUGCCACAAAUAACUUUGAUGAAAGUAGGAUUCUUGGUCGUGGAGGACAAGGCACGGUUUAUAAGGGUAUGUUGCCAAACAACACACCUGUUGCCAUUAAAAAGUCUAGAGUUGGAGGGGAUCCCCAAAAUAUUAAAAGUUUUAUUAAUGAAGUAUUUGUUCUUUCCCAGAUCAACCAUCGAAAUGUGGUCAAACUUUUAGGAUGUUGUCUUGAAACUGAAGUGCCUUUAUUAGUUUAUGAGUUUAUAGACAAUGGCACCCUUCUUGACCACCUAAGCCCAUCAAAGAAAGAUUGUUCUAUUACAUGGGAGACUCGGUUAAGAAUAGCUGUAGAGACUGCAGAGGCCAUUUCAUAUUUACACUCUACUGCUUCUAUUCCAAUUAUCCAUCGAGAUAUUAAAUCUGCAAACAUACUAUUAGAUCAUGACAACAGAGCAAAGGUGUCUGAUUUUGGAGCUUCAAGACUAGUCCAUCUUGAUGAAGCUCAAGUUGCCACUGUGAUCCAAGGAACAAUAGGAUACUUAGAUCCAGAAUACCUCCAAACUGGCCAAAUGAAUGAAAAGAGCGAUGUUUAUAGUUUUGGGAUUGUGCUUAUAGAAUUACUCACUGGGAAAAGAGCAUUUAAAUUCAAUAAUGCAAUGGCCAGUCACUUCAUGUCUUCAAUGAGAGAAGACCGCUUGUGGGAAAUUCUUGAUAAGCAAGUGCUAGAUGAAAAGAAGAAUGCAAAACAAUUGAAGGAAGGAGCCUUAUUGGCACAAAGAUGCAUCAGAGUUAAUGGAGAGGAAAGGCCAACAAUGAAGGAAGUAGCAAUGGAAUUACAGGGCCUGAUAGUAAUGGAAAAACAUGUUCAAGGGAAGGACAAGGAUAUGAUGGUUGAAGAAAGUGAACACUUACUUGAUCAUUUUCCUAAUGAUGGAUAUGAGAGUGCUAGUGCAAGUACAUUAGUUACCAGCUAUGAUAGCACUCAAAAGCAAGUUGUCUUUGAGAUCAUAGAUAGUGGGCGAUGAUGAUCUUAUAGUAUUAGUAAGUAUAUUGAUGCGUUUCUACUAUUCUUAUAGAUUUAGACACAGCGAGAGGUGGAUACAAUGAUGCUGAUGAGAGUCUACCUCAGUCGUUUAUUUGCAAGUAAUGAGUGAUUUAAUUAUCUUGAGUUGCAAAUAGAUGGGUGGAAUUAACUCUUAUUGCCUUUAAUAAUGUAAUUUUAGUUUGUUGUUUUAGUUUGUUUUUCUUUCUUGUAUUUGCUAUGACAGUUCUUAA